CAGCCACUGCUCAUGAUGGAGGCCAUCAAGAAAAAGAUGCAGAUGCUGAAGUUAGACAAGGAGAAUGCUCUGGAUCGGGCAGAGCAAGCUGAAGCUGAGCAGAAGCAGGCAGAAGAAAGAAGUAAACAGCUGGAGGAUGAGCUGGCAGCCAUGCAGAAGAAGCUGAAAGGGACAGAGGAUGAGCUGGACAAGUAUUCUGAAGCUUUGAAGGAUGCCCAGGAGAAGCUGGAACUGGCAGAGAAGAAGGCUGCUGAUGCUGAGGCUGAGGUGGCCUCCUUGAACCGUAGGAUCCAGCUGGUUGAAGAAGAGCUGGACCGUGCUCAGGAGCGCCUGGCCACUGCCCUGCAAAAGCUGGAAGAAGCGGAAAAAGCUGCUGAUGAGAGUGAGAGAGGUAUGAAGGUUAUUGAAAACCGGGCCUUAAAAGAUGAAGAAAAGAUGGAACUCCAGGAAAUCCAACUCAAAGAAGCUAAGCACAUUGCAGAAGAGGCAGAUAGGAAGUAUGAAGAGGUGGCUCGUAAGUUGGUGAUCAUUGAAGGAGACUUGGAACGCACAGAGGAACGAGCUGAGCUGGCAGAGUCCCGUUGCCGAGAGAUGGAUGAGCAGAUUAGACUGAUGGACCAGAACCUGAAGUGUCUGAGUGCUGCUGAAGAAAAGUACUCUCAAAAAGAAGAUAAAUAUGAGGAAGAAAUCAAGAUUCUUACUGAUAAACUCAAGGAGGCAGAGACCCGUGCUGAGUUUGCUGAGAGAUCAGUAGCCAAGCUGGAAAAGACAAUUGAUGACUUGGAAGAUGAGCUCUAUGCCCAGAAACUGAAGUACAAGGCCAUUAGCGAGGAGCUGGACCACGCCCUCAAUGACAUGACCUCUAUAUAAUUAUCACCGUUUCUGCUCUGUUCUGGAUCUGCCCCCUUUACUCCUCGGGGAACCCAAGGCCCCACUCUCGCUCUGGAUUCCAUUUGGGUCAGCCUGGCUGGUCCCCAAGGCAUUACGAUGGGGGAGCAAAAAGCAACUUAUGUAUUUUCUUCCACCCCCACCCCAAAUUAAAAUGUUAAGCUGCUGGAAACCUCAUGCCACCCUGCAUUUGUGUCAUUGACAAAGCUGCUGCUGUCCCUAAGAAGGAGCCUUGGGGGUGUGAUGUGGGGAAGAGCUAUUGUAGGCUCCCCCUCCUCUGACUUAUGUAAUCAAAGCCACUUUUGUGUGUGUCUAUUUUUUCUUGACAUUUAAACUCAGCUGAUCUGAUUCUACCAGAGUGAUGGAUUUAGUACAGGUUACUCAGGAUAGUAAUUUUAGUUAUACUCCUCAAGCUGAACAAGAUUAAAUUCCUUAUUUCCAGGUUCUUAAAUCAUCCUGCCUGCAGUGUUUCCAUUCUCUCUUCAGGUAUUCCUCCUGUGGUGUGGUGUCAUUGAGAAGCCAUUGAAGUGACUCUCAAUACACAUUCUGUACCCUUUUACCCGUGGUUCAAAUGGUGCAUCCUCAGAACACCCAGUGAACCCAAUAUAUUAUUGCUAAGAUUGACUAAUUAUGUCAACCCCAGUCACAGAAAAAUACACAAUGGAUAGAAUUCUCGACAGUUUUUUUUACUUUUUCUUCUUUAAACCUUUCUUACAUAUUUGAGACUUGCUACCAUUUGCCUGCUAGUGUGUGACUAGUGGGAUAUAAGACAAGUGAUAAAUUAUUAUUGGGAAAACUAAAAUGACCAAUCAUGCAUAUUUCAAAUAAUGUGCAUAUGAGGCUAAUGAUUUAUUACAUACAUAAAUUUCUGCUAGUAAAAUUUUCCUUGGUUCAUAUUGUGGAAUUAAAUAUCAACAUUUUAGAAAUUCCCAUUAUAGGCCGGGCGUGGUGGCUCACACCUAUAAUCCCAGCACUUUGGGAGGCCGGGGCAGGUGGAUCACCUGAGGUCAUGAGUUCAAGACCAGCUCGGCCAACAUGGUGAAACCCCGUCUCUACUAAAAAUACAAAAAUUAGCUGGGCAUGGUGGGUGGGUGCCUGUAAUCCCAGCUACUCGGGAGGCUGAGGCAAGGAGAAUCGCUUGCACCUGGGAGGCGGAGGUUGCAGUGAGCGGAGAUCGCGCCACUGCAUUCCAGCCUGGGCAACAGAGAGACUCCAUCUCGAAAAAAAAAAAAAAGGAAUUCGCAUUCCAAUUUACACAGCAGAGAUUUCUUAAUAGUAUAGCUGUGAAUUAUACUAAUCCAAGCACGUAAGUGUUGUUCACUUAGUACUUUAGUUUCCCAGCAGGGUAUGUAUUUAAAAUUUGCUUUUCUUUUAGCUGGGUGCAAUGGCACUUGCCUGUAGUGCCUGUAGCUCCUUGGGAGGCUGAGGCAGGAGGAUUGCUUGAGCCAAGGAGUUCUGCACUGUAGUGUGCUAUGCAGGUCAGAUGUCCUCACUAAAUUUGGCGUCAGUAUGGUGACCUCCUGGGAGUGGAGAACAACAAGGUUGCCUAAGAAGGGGUGAACUGGCCCAGGUCGGAAAUGGAGCAGGUCAAAAUUCCUGUGCUGAUCAGUAGUGGGAUUGCACCUGUAAAUAGCCACUGUAGUACUCCAGCCUGGGCAACACAGCAAGAUUCCAUCUGUUAAAAACACUUUUGCUCUUCUUUUAAACAGAUAUAAUCAGGUAGGGAAGUUUUCCUUAAUCUAAAACUUUAAGUCAUAUCAAAUUCAGGUUUCCUUUUGUCCAUUCCAUUUCUUACUGCCGCAUAGCCUUUGAGAUUAAGGUUCAGAUUCAUUUAUUCAGCUGACACUUCUGGUAUCUUCUAGGUAUAGGAUAUUAAGAUGGAGACAGAAAUAAAGAUGGAGGCACCAUUCCUACUCUCAAGUUGUUUAGAAUCUACUAGGAGAGAAAACAUACAUAAAGCUACAGAUACUGUGUGAUGAAUGCCACAAAUAAUAGUGUUAUGGGAAUUGAGUAGAGGGGACGAGAUUGAUCCUAGUGGGGAUGAAUUGGAAAAACUCAUGGAAUAAGGCAUGUAAUAGGUACUUCAUAAACAUGUUAAAACUUUUUUCUUUCUUUUUUUUUUUUUUGAGACGGAGUUUGACUCUUGUCACCUAGGCUGGAGUUCAGUGGCCUGAUCUCAGCUCACUGCAACCUCUGCCUCCUGGGUUCAAGCAGUUCUCCCACCUCAGCCUCCCGAGUAGCUGAGAUUACAGGCGCCUGCCACCACACCCAGCUAAUUUUUGUAUUAUUAGUAGAGGUGAGGUUUCACCAUGUUGGCCAGGCUGGUCUGGAACUCCUGACCUCAAGUGAUCCACCCACCUCAGCCUCCCAAAGUGAUGGGAUUACAGGCUUGAGCCACUGCGCCCGGCCAACAUGUUAAACUUGCAUAUUCAUUUUUAUUGGGUUCCAAAAGUGGAUUUUUGACAAGCAGAGUUGGGUUGUGGGAUAGUGAAUAUUGAGCAUUCCAUUAUUUAUUUAUUUUUCUCUUUUUGAGACGGAGUCUCGCUCUGUCACCCAGGCUGGAUGGAGUGCAGUGGUGAGAUCAUGGCUCACUGCAACCUCCGCUUCUUGAGUUCAAGCGAUUCUCCUGUGUCAGCUUCCCGAGGAGCUGUGAUUACAGAUACCUACCACCAUGCCCAGCUGAUUUUUGUAUUUUUAGUACGGACGGGGUUUCAGCAUGUUGGCCAGGCUGGUCGCGAACUCCUGACCUCAAGUGAUCCACCCGCCUCAGCCUCCCAAAGUGUUAGGAUUACAGGCAUGAGCCACUGCACCUGGCCUGAGCAUUCCAUUUAAAGAGAAACAAAAUAAUAAAGGCAUUGAUAGAGAUGAGAAGGCCACAAUAGCUCUAAAGGUAGAUUUAGACAGAGUAGGGAACAGGUUGUGUCU